AGUACUAAAACCCAUCCCACCUUUCUUACAUCAUAUCCUACCUACCUUUUUUUCCUCCUGCUUCGCGUACUCUGAGAUAACCUUUGAAAACAACAGACGUACAAGCUGCAUCAAGGGGAUUUUGGCAGUAAGACUCGUCCAGUAUCGACAAAGGCACCGAUAGCUCUGAUUGAUAGGUGUUUUUGAAUAUCUUUGAAGAAGGCGAGGCAACCCAUUGUUGGGAAAUCUUGAAAUGGUGACAUAACAAACGGAUUGUCUUGCUGUCUCAUUUUUCAAAGAGCUCCGAGGAUACAAAGUUACGCCUAUCUUUCUCUAUUGAUAUAUUCUCGCCUGCUACACUCGCUAUUCCAUUCAAUCAAAUAUCGGCUCUAAUUUAAUAGUUUCAACACUCGCUUUCGCUCCGGUCGCAUUCGUUUCGACUCCUUUGCGGGCAUCUUACCAUGUCCUUCGGGCCGCGGGUCCUUUUGCCGGGCGCAUUCCACUUUGAACCUCUUAACGACGGUAGCUCCUUGUCUGGCGUUCAUCCGGGAAUGUUUCGACCUUCUAUAUCACCCUCCGCUUCGAGCUCUCUAUAUCUAGAUAAAUCUACCAACAGCUUACACUCGGAUGCAUCAACAUUAGGCCUUAAUGCGAAGAGGAAACGGAGGGGACCUCGCGAGUCCAGCCUAUUUAAUAGCUGGGGUACGAAUAGAGGUGAUGCAGCAUCUAACACCGAUAAUAAAUACCAGGAGGAGGCCGAAGUCAACGGGCUGGUUGAGGGGGAGGGGAGGAAGUAUGUUCUAGCCGGUCAAACUGAAGCUCCUAACGGAGUGGCUCCUGGAGCCUUCAUGGACGCGAUGGAAGAUAGCAUUUAUUCCGACGUCAAUUACAGGCGCAAUUUAGGUCCUAAAUGUGCGCCCGCGAAGAUCGAACCGUCCGCUAUUAAUGCUACGUCUACUAUAUUAUCAUCAUCACCCCCUCGAACACGGCAAACGAGCGGAUGGGGUUCUAUUGCUUUGAGUACUAUAGGCGGAGUCGUUGGAAAAGUAUUCCAAUUCUGUAGAACGGGCGUGUUCCGUGGUUUCUAUGCCGGUGGAGGUAGGGGAUACGGGAUGAAGACACCACCUAGGCAACCAUCAGCUACAAACGGCCAGGUUUGGUGUAAUGAGCACGAUAUUCCUACUCUUCCAGAUUUCGGCUCUAGCACAGGACCAAUCGAGAUUCCCCAGUCUCACUAUUUCCCAUCUAAUUACAGAGAAGGAUCGCCGGAAUCCCCGCCCCCUCCUGCAGCAAAACGGCGGCAGAUUGAUACCGGAGCUCCUGGAGAUGAACUGCGCCGGAAUUGGGUCAUGGUCCGGGAAUCACCCGAAAAGACACGACCGCAGAGCAGAGCUUCUCAAACCUCAACAGUCCGUACAUCUCAACAACAAACAUUUCCGCCCGUUCUCCGUCGACGUAUUAGUCGACCCGUGAGCCGCGUAAACACAACCAGCGCCACUCGACGCCAUUCUAAUAGGAUAAGCCAUGUCGGAACCACGCCUGUAUCCAAUACUGAGCCGGCAAGUUUUGCCUCUCCUCGAGCUCACUCACCAGCCGUAUCAUUGCAUACUCCCAGUAGAAUCCCCGUCCCAAGCCAACCGCAAUCACCCAGCGUUUUCUCGGCCUCUCGUAUUCCACAACCAGCUUCUCUUAUUCCUAGUCCUAGUAUUCACCCGAGGCGUAGUCACGGGAGGAAUCAUAGUACGGCAUCAGCAGCAUCUGGUACGUCCUCUAUCAGGAUAAGAAGAGGGGAUUCUACGCAGGAACUUAGGGAUUACAGCCCUCGACUGGAUGCCGAGGCGAAGACCCUGGCUGCUAAGAGACUCCAGGAGGAAAUAGAAGCUGACAUGCGGAUGAAUGACUUCAACGCUCGGUUAAGGGAUAUGAUACGCCAAGGAAAAGAAGCACUCGGGACGAAAGUGGAUAUCGAGAUACAUGACGACAUGGAGGGUGUGGAUACUUGGGAAGACGCCUAAAUGACGGGGUGAAGCGCGGCAGUUCAACGAUUUUCCUCUUCUUUUCAAUUACAACUGGGUAAGGCUACGAAACCGACGGCGUGGCUCAAGUCCAAUAAAAGGGCGUUUAAGGAUAUAUUCUGUUUCUGUUUUGGGUGCAACGAUUCAACGCCAACUUGAUACCAGUUUCAUGUUUUUUGCUUCCAUUGGGAUUACAGCACCUAUUCAUAUAUUGGCACGGGUCUGGGGUCUAGGAGGAUCAUCUUGUAUAAAUACAUAAUGAUCACGUUACGAACUACUGAAUGAAUGCCUGAUGUCAUUAACUUGUCACCGAAGACCUCGGAAUCCGUACGUCGUAGGAUAACUGCGUGUGUUCGAUUGCCCCUGUUCUUCGUCAUGCCCCUAUGUAUUUGUUGGUGACUAUUAACGACCUGAAGUAUCGUGGCUUGAACUUGGUUCGUCUACUAAGGUGGAAGGGAGGAUGGCCCAAGGAUAUAACCUGGGGGGCAUUAAAUAUAUCAGCACUAAUUUACAAAGUGUUGGUUAAAUCUAAGUCAUUGAAUAAAGGUUUGCGGCCUACUUACAUACGUGGUUCCAAGUAGUGUUUCUACCGGGUCAGGGGAAAACUGGAUGGGACAUCUAGUUGUCACUUUCUACCUCUUGGGACACAGGCCAAAAGCCGCGGUACGUUGUAGAUACAUAUUUUAUGACGUUUCUAAACUUGAAAUAUAGAC